GAUGUGAAAAUGGAGAGCUAGCAGAAGUUCAAGGUACUCGUGGAAAUGCAGCCCUUCCAAUCUACGACACGCCCCGAGGGCCCGAGGGAGUCCUCGCCGCAGAGGGCGAAGUCUCCAGACACUCCAACUGCUCCAGUGCUCAACUUUUCCAUCGCAAGGCUUAUGGAACCGGACAGAAAGAAAUCUCAGUCCCCCGAACUACCAAUUCAACCCAACUUUUUGUCCUACGGAGCUCAUUUGCUGGACUCAGCUUUUAAGCAAUACAUUCCCGCAGCCAGGCGACAACUGGUCUCACAUUACCCACUCUUAUAUUACGGGCCUGACUUAGUUUCACUCACAUAUGCCCAUCAGCUACAUCUUCCUCGGCCACCACCAGUGCAGUCACCAAUACAAAAGCCUCCAAGUCCUAGACCCCCAGCAUCAGCAGAUCACGCAGUAUCAUCAACGACAGGACCAACGCCUUCUCCGGCCAAAAACAAAAGCUUCGCCUGCGGAGACUGCGGUAAAGUAUUCAACGCACAUUAUAACUUAACGCGACAUAUGCCAGUUCACACUGGAGCUCGGCCAUUUGUUUGCAAAAUAUGUGGAAAAGGAUUUCGGCAAGCCUCUACUUUAUGUCGGCAUAAGAUUAUCCACACGUCUGAAAAGCCUCAUAAAUGCAUGACGUGCGGAAAGGCAUUCAAUAGAUCAUCAACAUUGAACACUCAUGCUAGAAUCCAUGCUGGCUAUAAGCCUUUCGUGUGUGAGUUUUGUGGAAAAGGUUUCCAUCAGAAAGGUAACUAUAAGAACCAUAGAUUGACACAUAGCGGGGAAAAAGCUUACAAGUGCAAUAUCUGCAACAAAGCCUUUCACCAGAUUUAUAACCUGACAUUCCACAUGCAUACGCAUAAUGAAAGGAAGCCGUUUACGUGCAGCAUAUGCGCUAAAGGUUUCUGCAGGAAUUUCGAUCUCAAGAAGCACACCAGAAAGUUGCAUAUGGGAGCAGGCAGUUCUAACAACGAGUCCUCUUUGGAUACACAAGAUGAGUCGACCCAGGAAGCAAGCCCUUCAGACGAUGCUAGUAGGGUCGCGUUCAGACCCUUUCUGGGCACUUCUUACCCCAGAAUACUUGAUCCUACACGCAUGACUGCUCCCAAUACGUUUUUCUCGAAACUUUUGUGA